AUGUCACCACCACACCCAAAAUUCUACCUCCUCCCUUUCUCCCCCGAAUACAAAUGCACCGACCGCUUCAGCCUCCACCCAACAGGUGAUCAAGCCGAGGACGAGAAUGGACAAGUCCCAUUCUGGCCCGUCCUUGAGGCAAUCCUCUGCCGGCCUGUCAACUCUACUACUGGAUUAGUCGACAUUCUGGACACAAUAUCUGUCAUUCUGCGCGCAACAUCACAGCCAGCGGGGGAUUAUGAGCUUCUAAUAGAUGCAAUCGCCACGUCGUUCGACACUGCCGAGGUCUUCUUCGCAAAAGUAUGGCCUCGUAUCGUGGAUAUAGCGCUACAAAUGCCAGGUCUGUUUCAGAACGGCCGAAUCCCUGUGCUCAGCAGGGAGAAUUACAGCUUGCCCUUCUCCCGCAGGCAAAUAGCUUGCUUGGUUGUGCACCAAUUUCUCCGCACACUGAGUUUACCACCAUUUCGGGACGACGACGGGACGCACGACUUUGGGAUAUGGUAUUCUUCUCAGCAGAGGCAUCCUGUUGCCGUGAGGGGAUAUCUCCGGGCCUUGAUGCUGUACUUUGGGGAUGUUCUUUGUGACGAGAAGAAAAUGGACGGUUGGGUUGUGGAAUAUUCUUUGCAUUCCUUGCCAGAGAACUACGACGAGAUAUUUGCGCAAGAUCGACCACUUAGUGAACUGAAGGUCGUGGUGGUGGAGACAUAUGACACUUUGCCGGGUAGCCUAGGAGUGGGUGAUGGCGAUAGACAAGCUGUGGUGAUCUCGGCAAACAGGGUCGUUGGGUUUGGGCAGUCUGCUACUCAGGAGGAGGUUCAUGUUGGGAUAUCGCCUGAAGCGUGUCCUAUUGUCUUGUUUACCCCGCCACUUGGAGAUGAACAGGUGCUAAAGGUGCGUGGGGCACAGGCUAUGGUCAAUAUUGUUGGCAAGGGAAGAGAUAUCAUUGUUGGAAGUAUGUUGGAUCCUCAACAGGGUGGUGAUGCAGCUUGGAAGUUCCGUACGAUGCUUUUUAUGGAUGCUCUAGAACUGGAUCUGGUGAAUGAUGGGAGACUUGCCGAUUUGGACCCGAGGAAUAUGGAACGGGAAAUAGCAAAAGCGUAUACGGCGUUUUCUUCAAGCUUGGACGGUACCAUAUCCGAGAUCAAAACCGGUCCAUGGGGCUGUGGAGCUUUUGGUGGCGACCCGGAAGUCAAGAUGUUAUUGCUGUGGCUCGCUUCAACGAUGGUUGGGGUAAACCUUACGGUUGUUUGUGAUUAUGAGCUACAAGUAUUCGCCCGGAAGCUGGAAGACGUAGGGCAGACGCUGAAGUUCACUAUGCUGGGAACAGUGUCCAUGAGGAAGCUUUUGAUGGAGUUACCGCAAGCCCUCUCGCGAGGCCAAACUCUAGAGUGGUUAGAGAAGAGAAAGUAA